CUGUCGGCUGAGCCCGGCACAGCAGAAGCAGGAAGAGGAGCGCACGUCAGUGUUCCGUCCAGCCCGCGGAUAGUCCUCCUCUCUGUACGGAGCUGACAGCGCCUCUCUGUCCUCCUCCCGGUACAUAAGCUCGUGUUAUAGCCGCCUGUCAUCCAGAGGGCACCCGUUCACACUGUAUAUGCUGCAGCCUUCCAGCCCUGUAUAGCAUUGCUUGUCCCAGACCCCAGUGCAGGGUUACAGUCCUGUCCCCUCACCCUCCACCUUCAUUCAUAUGCCAUACACAGCAUGUACAUCCCAGAAUACUCCCAUCAUCCCACACGUAGCACUGUCCUGGCCGAGACUCCUUCCCUACGUCUUCUCAUAUAGCAGAGCUGGGAUUGCUCAUUGUUAGCUGUAGCUUUAUUAGAUUUGACCCCCCUCACCCCUCCGCUUCCAUUAUCUAAAAUGUCAGAGACAACCUCUAUGACUGUGGUGUCAGAUCCACAGCAUGCAAUUAAACUUCUCCGGGCUAUGGGCGCUUUUCGGACAGAAGCGGACUUCUGUGACGCGGUCCUGGUGAUCGAGGACCAGGAGAUCCCAGUGCAUAAGAAUAUUUUGGCGGCGGCGAGUCCUUAUAUAAGAGCAAAGCUGAACUAUAACCCUCCAAAAUAUGAUGGUUUCCCAUACAAAAUUGAAAUGGAAGGAAUUUCUGUGUCGGUCAUAAAGGAGAUUCUUGACUACAUUUUCAGCGGACAGAUCAGGCUGAGCGAAGAAACGAUCCAGGACGUGGUGCAGGCCGCCGACCUCUUGCUCCUCACCGACCUGAAGACUUUGUGCUGCGAGUUCCUGGAGGGCUGUAUUACCGCCGAGAACUGCAUCGGCAUUCGGGACUUUGCACUGCAUUAUUGUCUGAACCAUGUGUAUUACCUGGCCACCGAGUACCUGGAGACCCACUUCCGAGAUGUCAGCAGCACCGAGGAAUACUUAGAACUUGGCCCAACAAAACUGAAAGAGGUCCUGUCCCUGGAGAAGCUAAAUGUGGGCAAUGAAAAAUACGUGUUUGAAGCCGUGCUUAGAUGGAUUUCCCAUGACCCCGAAGUGAGAAAGGUCCAUAUGAAAGACGUGACCUCAGCCUUGUGGGUGACCGGCCUGGAUUCCAACUACCUGCGAGAACAAAUGCUCAAUGAGCCGUUGGUGCGGGAGAUGGUCAGGGAGUGCAACAACAUCCCCCUGAGCCAGCCGCAGCAAGGAGAAGCCGUCCUGGCAUCCUUUAAACCGAGAGGCUACUCUGAAUGCAUAGUGACAGCUGGAGGGGAGGAGAGGGCGUCCCGGAAGCCAUUGGCUAACGUUCGUUGUAUGUGCCCACUUUACGAUCGAAACAGACAGCUGUGGAUUGAACUGGCACCUCUCAGCAUGCCACGCAUCAACCAUGGGGUUCUGUCUGCAGAAGGCUUCCUGUUUGUACUCGGGGGUCAGAAUGAAAACAGUGAGACAUUAUCUUCUGGUGAGCAUUAUGAUCCUGAUGCCAACUCUUGGAGCCCUUUACCACCAAUGCUUGAGGCAAGGCACAGUUUUGGAGUGGUGGAAAUUGAUGGUGUCAUCUAUGUUCUGGGAGGAGAGGACGAGGAUCAUGAGUUGAUUUCUAUGGAAUCCUAUGACAUCUGCACAAAAUCCUGGAGCAAGCAACAAAACAUGACCAUGGUCAGAAAGAUCGGCUGCUACGCCACAAUGAAGAAGAAAAUCUAUGCCAUGGGAGGAGGGUCGUACGGGAAACUGUUUGAGUCUGUUGAGUGUUACGACUCCAAAACUCAGCAGUGGACCGCCAUCUGCCCUUUGAAAGAGAGAAGGUUUGGCGCCGUUGCGUGUGGGGUUGGCAUGGAGCUUUACGUCUUUGGCGGCGUUAGAAGUCGUGAAAAUGAACAGAACAGUGAGAUGGUGGCCUGCAAAUCUGAGUUCUACCAUGAUGACUUCAAACGGUGGAUCUACCUAAAUGAUCAGAACUUGUGCAUCCCUACCAGCUCCUCUUUUGUAUACGGGGCUGUGCCCAUUGGUGCUAGCAUCUAUGUCAUUGGUGAUCUCGACACAGGUACAAGUUACGACUAUGUAAGAGAGUUUAAGAGGAGCACCGGCACCUGGCAUCACACCAAGCCUUUAUUCCCAUCCGACCUCCGACGCACAGGAUGCGCAGCGCUGCGCAUUGCCAACUGCCGACUUUUCCGACUCCAACUGCAGCAAGGACUCUUUCGCAUCAGAGUCCCAACUUGAUGAUCCGCUGCUAAAGACUGCACGACAACGGCCCAGUUGCUUCACUAUGGGGGUAAAAUGGCAAACGAUAGUCGGUGCAAAAAAUAUAAAAAAAAUAUGGCACCUGCCGUGACGCAGCCUUCACAUACAGCUGGUAUGUAGACCUGGAGUAAGAGUGAUACUCCAUGCAGAACGUAUAAUGGCUGGGGUGUUGGGAUCCUUAUGAAUUAUGUCUAUAUUAAUACCUAUGUAUCACAUUGCUUUAUGCUUUCCGGGGUUUGGUGAUUAGUUUAAAAGCAUGAGGCAAUGUACUAACUAAACUAACAAGCUUUAAUAUGCAAAAUACCGGGGAGGAAAGAUAUUGACACUAAGAGAAGAGACAAUCUUAUGUGCUUUGGCAGUGGUACCUUGCUUGCCUUAAAGGAGAGCGUCAUAUUUUGUCUUAAACCUAUGCUUAAAGGAGAACUCUAAACAGUAAGACUCUAAAAUGUAAUUAUUAUUUUACUAUCUUCUCCUCAGUGACCCAGUGUGGUUACAGGGGCUUCGACCCUCAGGUCUUUUCUUACAUGUUCCAGAUGAGUUAGUGUCCCUGUGAUAACACUGAGCUGAUGGGCAGGGAGUGUUGUCAUGGGGGCACGAUAUCUUGUCAGAGGAGGCCUGCUGUUUCAGCUUGACACAGAAACAGUAUUUUAAAGUGGCUUUUCUUGGAGUUCUCCUUGAACAUGGGGAAGGGGUGCUAAGGGUUUAGAAUUUAUUAAUUUUAAUGUGUUUUUUUUUAUGGGAUUUUACCUCAUUUAUUUUUAUGAUUGUUUUGUCAAACUUUGACUUAUUCUUUGCAACGGUUUUUGUUUUAUUUUACUGAUAAAUCACAAAGUUUAAGGCAUCUUGUAUUCCAGCGAGCAGAACGAUACUCUUUGGGAGCAAAUCGUUAUUGAAGGGGUUAUCCCACGAAAAGUAUUACUGUGCAAUAUAUAGGGCAUUUAAAAAAAAAAAGGAUUAUUGCAAUGUAUAAGCAAUAAAAUAAUGUUAGUUUUUUUUA